AUGCUUUUAACUGUCCUUAUCUUUUUUUUCUUUCUUUUUUUUCUUUCUUUCAUUCUUUCUUUAUUUAUUUUCUACCAUUCUUUCUUUUUUUUUUUGCUUUCUCUCCUUUUCGUUCUUUUUCUUUCUAUUUUUCUUUUUCGUUCUUUCCUUGCGUCUUUAUUUUUUCUUUCUUUCUUCCUUUUCUCUCUCUUUUUCGUUCUUUUUUUUCUACUUUUCUUUCUUUCAUUCUUUCUUUCUUUCUUUCUUUCUUUCUUUCUUUCUUUAUUUUUCUUUCUUUCUUUUUACUUUCUUUCCUUUUCGUUCUUUUUCUUUCUAGUUUUCUUUUUCGUUCUUUCUUUCCGUCUAUAUUUUUUCUUUCUUUUCUCUCUCUUUUUUCGUUCUUUUUCUUUCUACUUUUCUUUCUUUCUUUCUUUAUCUAUUUUCUUUCUUUCUUUUUACUUUCUUUCCUUUUCGUUCUUUUUCUUUCUAGUUUCCUUUUUCGUUCUUUCUUUCCGUCUAUAUUUUUUCUUUCUUUUCUCUCUCUUUUUUCGUUCUUUUUCUUUCUACUUUUCUUUCUUUCUUUCUUUCUUUAUCUAUUUUCUUUCUUUAUCUAUUUUCUUUCUUUCUUUUUACUUUCUUUCCUUUUCGUUCUUUUUCUUUCUAGUUUUCUUUUUCGUUCUUUCUUUCCGUCUUUUUUUCUUUCUUUCUUUCUUUCUUUCUUUUCUCUCUCUUUUUCGUUCUUUUUCUUUCUACUUUUCUUUUUUCUUUUUUUCUUUCUUUUCUUCAGUUAUACCGAAGCUAGAUGCAGUGCUAUGA